UCAGCUGAGCAGCUAAGUAAACAAACAGGAAAGGAGAGGAAACGAGCUGCAGCACGCACUUUGCUGGUUCAGGGUUCCCUCGGGGACGUUUUAUAUUGUUUUUAUCCAAUUUUUGUAAAAAUUUGAUAUCGUGUUUCGUAGAAACUUUUAAAUAUUUUGAUACGCUUUCUUUUUCUAAGAGUGAAUUCUGGCGAGGAUUGGCUGUAGCUUGCUAGCUUGCGAACACUGGAUUUUUUUUUUUCUUUCCUUCCCUUUUGGCGAAGGCUGCUCAUGAGCCAGCAAAGGCACGGAACAAGGAUAUAACACGUCAGUUUUAAUAAUAACCGAUGCACUGUCUUCCCUGUAAUUAAAAAGUGAACGGUCGUUGCUGCUGCUUGCAAAGCUAGAUUGCAACGUCCAACACAGCAAGCCUCAGGGAAGAAUGACGGCUGUUCAGCUAAUAAAUAUCCAGCGGUUACUGGAAGCAGCAGAAUACAUAGAAAGGAGAGAAAGAGAGUGUGAACAUGGAUAUGCCUCGACGUUUCCAUCAAAUCAGAACAUAAACUACCAGAGGCAAAGGAAAUUCCGAAAUAAGAAGUUCAGCAGUAACCACAAUAGGUCGACACAUAACGAGCUGGAAAAGAAUAGACGAGCUCACCUGCGGCUGUGUCUGGAGCGGUUGAAGGCCCUCAUACCGCUGGGACCUGACUGCAGCCGCCACACUACCUUGGGCCUGCUCAACAAAGCCAAAGCACACAUAAAGAAACUUGAAGAGGUGGACAGGAAGAGCCAGUACCAGCUGGAGUCUCUGGAGCGUGAGCAGAGGCACCUUCAGCGUCAGCUGGAGUUGCUGAGUGGAGGCAGUGGUGCUGCAGCCCAGAACAGCCCAGGGGAGGGAGAGAGGAUACGCAUGGACAGUGUGGGCUCCACCCUCUGCUCCGACCGCUCUGACUCUGAUCAAGAGGAGAUUGAGGUGGACGUGGAAAGCACGGAGUUCUCCCAUGGAGAGCUGGACAGUGUGAGCACAGCCAGCACCAGCGACCUGGACGACCACAGCAGCCUCCAGAGCAUGGCCAGUGACGAGGGCUACUCCUCCUGCAGCGUCAAACUUGCCUUCUCCUCCUAGAGCCCCGCCCCACCGACGUGACCACCACCACGUUCCUGCCAAACUCGCCCGCCCUCCCAUCUGUUAUAUCCAUCCAGCCAUGCCUAUGAAACACACACAUGCCCAGUCUCAUCUCCGAUGACUGGCACGCACCCAGCUGAUAGUGUUCCCCCUUUUGCUCCCAGCCUUUUUUUUUUUUCUUUCUUUUUUUUGCCCCACCCUUCCCCUCCACGAUGCUCAACCCACUUUCUGAGGCGUUCCAGUGAGAGCUCUUCCUCGCCUCUGAACUUUGAACCGCUCCGACCAACACUGACACCAGGUACCCAGACAAAGACUGCCAAUUGGUUCAAAUCUUAUUUUAAAAGGAGGAGCAGAGACGUAGACAUCAUCUUGAAGUUGGAAGCCACAGCAUAAAAUUAACUGUUGAUUUUUAUGUCUGCUAUUUCCACAUACCUUUAAAUCCCCAAAUUUGUUUAAAAUUACACAGCCCUAAAUUUGACUAAAAUGCUCUUUAAUUAAUAUAAUUGUCUGUUUGGUUCUGUCUAAUGUGGGUGUUUGUCUAUAUCUUAUUAUUCUGGUGUUGGGCCUGGCUAAAUCUGGACAUUGAGGCUGAACUUCGCCAUAUCUACACAGCUCGUCCCCGCAGCCCUGAAGUUCUUCCUCGUCUUAUCGAGGGUUUUCUUUUCUUUUCAUAUUACCUGUGCUCUACACCGCAGAAGUUCUGACACUUGAAUUGGUGCUAUUGUGAAAGAAACCCACCAACCAACCAAUGGGGGAAGCAGAUCAGAUCCACCACUAUGCUUUUAAAGCGAACAAAGCGCAUCUGUCGUGAUUGUUUCCGACCACACACGGAGGAAAACAAGCCACAAAAAUGGAGGGAAAAAAAUAAGAAAACAUUCCUAUCGAAUGUGGGUGCUCAGUGCAUUUUCAAAGAGUGGAAAUUGUAACUUUAUGUGUGUGUGUGUGUGUGUGUGUGUAUGCGUGUGUGUGUGUGUGUGUUUUGUUUUGGUUUCUUUCCCCUCGACAAGCAGCUACUACAAGCUAUCCUGCACUUAUCUACUUUAGAGCUGUCCAUAGAAAUGGCACAAACCAAGAAGGAAGAAACACACACAAAUACAACAAAACAACAGCAACAAGGGAAAAAAAUCCAAACAACAAGCUUUGGAACAGAUGUCCAACUUCUUUCCAGCAGUAACAAGCAAUAACUCGUGUAGUUUUUUGUUUUGUUUUUUGUUUUGAACUCCUUCCCUUUUUUUCUUCUCCCUCAAGACUCAUGUGACCGUCCACAUUUUUUUUUUUUUUUUUUUUUUUUUUUUUUUUUGUACAUACAGAUAGCUUAAUAAAUAAAACUUUAAAAAUGAGUUCAAAAAAAGUAGAGCUUACACAUAGAACUAUUGCCUCUGUUGCUGUUUGACCUGUGUUUAUUGUGCAUUUUUAAAUUGAAAGUUUGGAACCAUUUUUAUCCUCCGAUAAAAUUUGCUGAUGGAAACGUUCAAACGUUACCCUCUCUGUCCCCGCUCCCCGCCCCGAGGAGGUAAAAGGAACGAUAUCCCCGUUAGAAACAGUAGAACGACUUUCCAUCCAGUUGUAAACAGCAAUCCAAAAUGGCAUUUGUUGGAAAAUGCAGACUUUGUUUGGCACUGUUUUUUUUUUUUUUUUUAUCAAUUAGACAGUUUUUAUUCUCUUGUUUUUGAAUGGCGCUUUAAGUAAAAAGAAAAAAAAAUAUUAUAUGGCAUUCCAAUGGUGGUCAGGUGAUCUGUGGAGGGAAAGUUUGAAGUGUUGGAAAAAGAAAACGGGUUGUAUGAUGUCAAUGUACUCCACCCCAACUCCACCGGCAUUAAGAAUUGCACUUCGGCUGCAGUUCGCUUUGUUUUUCUUUACCACUGUCGUGUUGCGCUGCCAACCAUUAUUUUGUGUGUGAGAGAAAAAAAAAUAUCAGAAUAUGAUGAAUAUUUAUUCUGCAAUCCCUCAAAGAACACAAGCAGUGGGGAAAAAGUUAACUUAUUUUGUUUCUGUCUUAUUUUACUCUUCUCUUUGAUGCUUAUUCCUCACUCCUUAUUUUAAAAAAAUGUAUAUUUUAUGGAUUAUUGUUAAGGGGUUUUUUUUCUUCUAUUUUUUGCGGGGUGGGUGGGAGAGGGGUUAAAAAAAUGUAGCCAUUUUUUUGUGUUGUUUUCAUUUUUUUGCUGUUUCAUUCAAUGGACACUUGAAAUGUAAUUGGCCCCUAAGCUGCUCCUAGUGCUGAGCCUCGCCUGUUUAGAGUCACCAGCCUUGUCCAGGGCUGACUCCCCAGCCACACACCAGGCCUGUGAGGAGCAUCACAGACCUGAAACAGCAGCACAGGCUGAACCUUUAUACCCAUUCUGCUGUCGCAAGGUGACAUGCUCUCGACUUUGUUUCCGGGUCUGUGCUGAGGGGAGCUAAUUCUGCACAAGACUCACCCAUAGCCAAGACUUUACUGGCAAAUAUUGAGCCGGCUGCUACGUAAUAAAAGGGGUCUAAAACUCCGCUUUCCUCUAUUAGGAGGAUUGUAGUCUCUAUUAGACUUGUUUUAGUUGACAAAAUGUGUCUUACAUUAACAACUCCUCCGACUGAGGAUUUAAAGAAAUAAAAACACAAAAGAACAAAACCUUUGGUUUCUCUGAUGGACAUCGUUACGGUGUAGAGUUUGACAUGUACGCUCUUUGCGGAGCUCUGUUGAGGUUGUUGGACUUGGCACUAAAUCAGAAAGUCACCACUUUUGGUGCUCAGACAUUUAAAAAAAAAAAAAUGCCAAAACCACCUCAGAACACCUCAGUGUCCUCUCUCUUUAUCUCUUUCUCUCUCUCUGUGGGGGACAGUUUACAUUUAUUCUGCCCCGUUUUAAGUUAUUACCUUUAUCUGAUCUUUGUUUCUGCUUUCUUCUUCUUAUGUUGGUUUUAUGAAACUGCACUGCUGACACGACAAAGGUCUCAGUGUUUUGCGACAAAUGAAUUUCUCUUCUUGUUCAGACCUCGAUCAGUUCUUUGCAGUGUUUUAACCUGCUCACACAGUACACAAUGUUGUGUUUUACUAUGAUGGGACAAACUGAGUGUUUAUCACAAAAUGUGUGUCAUUUUGUCCCACGUGGUAAAAUGCUCAGAUGCGAGAUGAUUCCAGGACGGGUUAAAAAAAACAAACAACUAAAAGAACUGGUUUUACUGAGGCCAGGUCUGUCCUCACUCAUGUGAGUCUACUGUGUGUGUGUGCAUGGGUGUAUGUAUGUGUGUGAUCGCUGUGUUCUUACUAAAGCUGAGCUUUAGAAAGGCACCUAGUCCAUGACUAGUCUGCACAGAUGUCAGUGGGCUGUUUGCCACUUUGAUACUCAGUAAAUAUCACACUUCUGAAGGCUGUUUGUCAUUUAAAAAAAAAAAGACAAGCUCUCCAGUGUAAGACGCAAAAACAAAAGAUGUUCAGUCCAGUGCAGAAUAGUCCUGGAUCAGUUGAUUGAGAGGUCUGACAAAACAUUUCUGGCCAUGCUGCAACUUUCAUUAGCAUAUCCUCAUCACAAAAUUGUAUUUUUACUUCUGUGUUUAAGGUUUCAGUGGUGGUUAGGGGAGAGCUUGGCCAGAAGUGCACCAGCCCGGUGAAGUGGAAGUUGCAGUGUCCUUUGUAAAACCCCACUCCACUCUGGUGUCAGUCUCUCAGGGGGUUGAUCUGAGCAAACGGGUCCACGAAGUCAAGUUAGCCCAACCAAACAAGCAGUCCCAAGUGCAGUAGGGAGCCCUCCUGUUGUUCUGAACCUGUGGCCAUCCUUUGUAAAACAUGCACUCUGAUGAUGAUUCUAGCUGUGUAAGUUGAUGAUGCAAUACUUAAAAUAAAAACACCAAGAUUUUCAAACCUGAA